AUGUCAUCAGCAGCAUCAUGGAGAAAUGCCAUCCCUAGGCGUAUGUAUAGAGAAAGAAGGUAACUGAAGUCCAGAGAGCAUCUAGGACUAUUGGAAAAGAAACGUGAUUAUAAAAGAAGAGCUAAAGAUUAUCAACACAAGACAAAUGUUAUUAAGAAAUUGGCAGAAAAAGCAUUAUAAAGAAACCCUGAUGAGUUUUAUCAUAAAAUGAUUAAUGCAUAAGUCAAGGAUGGAGAACACUAAGUCAUAAUGAAGGAUAAUAAAGAAUAAAUAAAGAGAAGAAAGCUUGAUGAAAAUAAGGACAUUUCCUUAGUAAAUCUCAAGAGAAUGGUUGAAAAAAAUAAAUCUGAAAAAAUAUAGAAUAAUUUGCAUAUGAUCGAUUUCCCAAAGCAGAAUCAGCACAUAUUCUUCGUAUCAGAUCUUAAUGAGAUUAAACAAAAAUAAAGUGAUUACACUAUGAAAUAGAAUGAAGCUGAUAAUGAUUUUGAGGAUGAUGAAGACGAUAAUAUAAAUGAUGAUGGAGAAGAAAUAAAGCAGUAAAAACCUAAGUAAAAGUAUCUAGGUGAGAAGCAGAAAUAUAUUGAACAGCUAUAGCGCAACUAAAGUUAAAAUAAAAACUAAUAUAAGAAGCUAGCAGACGCUUUGACCAAAGAAUAGCAACUAAACAGAGUAUAAGAAGCCUUAAUUUUAGACAAGCAUAUCAAGGAUAAAGGUAAAAAGAGAAAGAUUGAAGAUAAAGAGACUGGGAGAACUUCUUUUAAAUGGUUUAGUGAGAGAAAGAGAUGA